UCUAAAAUAUUUCCUUCUUUGUUAUUGUACUCGUGAACUCAUAUCUGAGAUAGCCGUGAAGUAAAAUAUUCAUUCUUGUAUGUUUGAAUUGUUUUGAAAUAUUCUCCUCCACAGAUUUUCCUUCCCACGUUGUUUUUCCGUGUUCUAAAAUUUCCAAUAUUAGUUUAAAUUCCUGUUACUCACAGAAAGUUGUUCAGAAUUCCAAUCAUAUGUGGUUUGUUUACAAUGGCAGCGUGUUCUUGGCUGAGCAAAUAACAUGUCGUAUAAAGAACUAGAAGUGGGAUAUCAAGGCUUAAAGGCAGCUUCAUUCUACAUCGGUGACGAGUCGGAAGGAGUUGGUCUUGUGUUAGCGAACGACGGGCUUGGAGGAGACACACUUCCCACAACCUAUGAAUACGUCUAUACGUCAGCUAGCUCACCAACGAGAACUUUUCACCCAAACUGCCCCAUCUGCCUACAGAAGGGUGAAGAAUGCCAAGAAUGUCCUGACGGGUUAUUCAACGAUCUGGAUCCUCUCUUGGGAAGAAUGGAAAAGGAACAUCUUGACACCGGUAAGCAGGUCGUGGCAGGCAUCUGCGCCAUGGCCAAAAAGUCCAAUUCAAAACCGAUGAGAGAAAUUUUGGCGAGGCUCGACGAGUUCGAUUAUAUUAAAACCAUUAUUUUCCCUGAAGAGACCAUCCUCAAGGAACCGGUUGACAAAUGGCCGGUAUGCGACUGUUUAAUAUCGUUUCAUUCGAAAGGUUUUCCACUUGACAAAGCUGUGGCAUACGCUGAACUUGUCCGUCCUUUUACUGUCAAUAAUUUGCGAAAGCAGUUCGAUUUGCAGGAUCGUAGAAAAGUUUAUGGAAUCCUGCGACGGGCAGGAAUCGCAUUACCUCGUUUCGCGAUUCUCGAUCGAGACUCUCCUGAUCCUAGUCAACAUUCACUGAUCGAAUCAGAGGAUCACGUGGAAGUUAACGGUGUUGUCUUUAACAAACCCUUCGUUGAGAAGCCCAUUUCGGCAGAAGAUCACAAUAUUUACAUUUACUACCCAACUUCGGCAGGCGGUGGAUCCCAGCGUUUAUUCCGCAAAAUUGGAAGUCGAAGCAGCGUCUACUCUCCCGAGUCCAAAGUACGCAAGACGGGAUCUUAUAUUUAUGAGGAUUUCAUACCGACUGAUGGUGCUGACGUCAAGGUUUACACUGUUGGGCCAGAUUAUGCUCACGCAGAAGCCCGCAAAUCUCCCGCGCUCGAUGGGAAGGUGGAGCGCGAUCAUGAAGGCAAAGAAAUUCGAUAUCCCGUGAUUCUGUCCAAUCACGAAAAACUUAUUGCUCGCAAAGUAUGCCUAGCUUUUAAUCAAACAGUCUGCGGCUUUGAUCUCCUAAGGGCUAAUGGGAGGUCGUUCGUGUGCGACGUCAACGGCUUUAGCUUUGUCAAGAAUUCGGCGAAAUAUUAUGAUGAUUGUGCUAGGAUUAUGGGGAAUAUGAUUCUUCGUCGUUUGGCGCCUACCUUGCAUAUUCCAUGGGCCCUUCCAUUCCAACUCGACGACCCACCGAUAGUGCCUACAACAUUUGGAAAAAUGAUGGAACUGCGAUGUGUGGUGGCUGUCAUACGCCACGGAGAUCGAACUCCAAAGCAAAAAAUGAAAAUGGAAGUCCGACAUCCUAGGUUUUUUGCUCUAUGGACAUCCUACGAGUCAGAGGUCAAUGGACGCCAUUUAAAAUUGAAAAAACCCGCACAACUGCAGGAGGUGCUUGAUAUAGCGCGAUUUCUGUUGUCAGAGGUAGAAGCUGGAUCAGCUGAUCGAGAACUAGAAGAAAAGCGUGGGAAAUUAGAGCAACUCAAAACUGUUCUUGAAAUGUAUGGCCACUUCUCAGGAAUCAAUCGGAAAGUGCAACUUAAAUAUCAGCCACGAGGCAGACCUCCAUCCGGCUGCAGCGAGGAAGACACGCACAAAGAACCUUCUUUGCUUCUCAUACUGAAAUGGGGCGGAGAAUUGACUCCGGCCGGAAGAGUUCAAGCAGAAGAGCUUGGUCGCAUUUUCCGAUGCAUGUAUCCAGGAGGUCAAGGCAAUCAAGGUUUGGGAUUGCUCCGUCUACAUUCAACAUAUCGCCAUGAUUUGAAAAUCUAUGCCUCUGACGAAGGCCGUGUGCAAAUGACAGCAGCUGCCUUUGCAAAAGGCCUCUUAGCACUCGAAGGAGAGCUAACUCCCAUCUUGUUUCAAAUGGUGAAAUCCGCCAAUACAAACGGAUUACUCGACAACGAUGGCGAAGCCUCGAGUCUCCAACACAUGGUGAAAUCGCGUCUUCAAGAAUUACUGCAGAUGGACCGUGAAUUAACUGCGAAUGAACAUCGCGAGAUUAAUCCGUGCGGGGCACGAUCAAUCGAAGCUGCUCUUCACGUUAUUGGAAAUCCGGUUCAGUGUUGCGUUAAAGUUUAUGAACUAGUUAGCAAGCUAGUCGAAAUCGUUCGGGCUAAACGCGACGAUCCGAAAACAAAAAAUGGGGUGUUGUAUCAUGGCGAAACGUGGGAACUGAUGGCGCGGCGAUGGGGCAAAUUAGAAAAAGAUUUCAAACUACGUGAAGAUCGCCUCGAAUUUGACAUUUCCAAAAUUCCCGACAUCUACGACUGUAUCAAAUACGACAUCCAGCACAAUCAAGCAGCACUUAAUUAUUUUCCUUCAUUCAGGUUUAAUCAUGCCCAAGAACUUUACAUGCUCGUUAAGGCCCUCGCUGAUGUAGUAAUACCUCAGGAAUACGGUCUCACAGACCAAGAUAAAUUGGCCAUUGGACAAGGCAUCUGCAAUCCUUUGAUGCGGAAAAUUCGUGCAGAUUUGCAGCGGAACAUCGAAGAAGAUUUGCCAAUGGCGGACGAAUCUGUUAACCGCCUUGAUCCAAGGUAUUCACACGGUGUUUCGAGCCCAGGUAGGCACGUCCGCACACGUUUGUAUUUUACCAGCGAAAGCCAUAUACAUUCGCUAUUGACCGUUCUACGUUUCGGAGGCUUAGUUGAGGGCGGCGAAGGAGCUGACGAACAAUGGCGUCGUGCUAUGGAAUAUGUUAGUCAGAUAUCAGAACUCAACUACAUGUCCCAAGUUGUUAUCAUGCUUUACGAGGACCAAUCAAAAGAUCCGACUUCAGAACAACGCUUCCACGUAGAAUUACACUUUUCGCCCGGUGUUAAUUGCUGUGUUCAGAAAAAUUUGCCACCUGGACCGGGAUUCCGGACCCACCAUCGAAAUGACAAUUCGACUGACAUCUCCCCGAACAAGUGCUGUCCUACCACGCUUCCACCCGGGGCUUCGAAUUCCGUGUGUUCGCCGAAUUGCACUCGGAUUGAAGAAGAAGAUCUUGACAUCGGGGAUGUCAUCGACCACGCAGAUCAACCAAAAUACGCGUCGCUUAAUUUACACGUCCCAUUGCGUACAUCAAGAGCGUCUCCUGGUUCUGACAGUCCGCCAAUCACUCCACCCAAUACUUUAAAAAUCCCCGCCAAAAUAUCCGAACCUAUUCCGAUAAGGAAUUCUCCAUCAGGAAGGAACCCUCUAGAAAGUCCUAAUUUGAGCUUUCCACCAGCCUCUAAUUCAUCUCCAUCGCUGAUGGAUGCACCCGGUUGUCUCAUGAUCAACAGCACCAAUAGUAGCUGUGCAAGCCAGCAUACUCCGCCACGCACCUACCGAGUCAUGAAGUCCCCCGAUUUUGAACCUCAACAGGGUCCUCGAGCGAAAGCCCAUACCAUCAGUGGGGUUGGCGUUACCGCCCCGACUAGGUGCCUAGAUCUCGAUGAAGAUCAAGAUUCGAUGCGACGUCAUCGCCAUUCGAUUCCUGGCCAUCUGAAUGUAUUGAUGACUCAACGACAAACUGUGAUUGGCAAACGGAAGCUCAGCCAACAUCAACAGCAUCAACAUCCAGCCCUGUUUAGCACAGCCGUUAUCAGUGGAAGUUCUAGUGCACCUGAAUUGACGGCCAUCUUACCCACAACAGGGGCUGCCAUGGGCCUUGGCUUGGCCAGCUUGGCGGCCAUAGAUCCUUGCGCCUCAGUGGGCGUACCGGCCAUCCGUCCACUAGAGACUCUUCACAACGGGCUGUCUUUAAAUCAACUGGAUCAAUUCCUUGGACGGAUGACUACAUUACAGCUUCCUCUGAAUAGUCCAUCACCUGGAGUGGUCAUCAGUAAUCCAUUCAAAGAUUUCUAAGUUAAUAUUAAGUUUUUAGCGGCAAAAUAAUGUUGGAGUUGUUUAAUUCAUUGAUGUUAGAUAUUUUGAUGUUUCAUAGCUUUGUUAUUUCAGAAACCAGUUCUGCCACGUAGUUCCAAUGACGAUGGUGCAUUUUUUUCCUCUAGGCGCUAUUUCGAAAUGUCUUGUUCUUGAGUUAUUCAAUUAGGAUAUUCUGAUUUGUUCUUGUCUUAGAUUUUUUGUUUAGCAUUUAACAAAAGAAGAA